UGUCCUUGAUUUUAAUCUAUUUUUGAUAAACUGCCCCUCGUCAGAAUGUCUCAGCAGGCUGGAUAUUCGCCCAGCUUCAAGCGACCGGCUGAAAUCAUGCGAAUGAGGAGGAAAAGAGCCCGAAGCGACGCCGGAGUUUUCUCCAGCCCGAGCGGCCAGAGUUCCGCUGACAGUCCGGGACAAAGUAGCUCGUCUCCGGCCUGCGUUCGGCCCUUCUCCCCGGGACCGCUUUUCAAUACGCAGAACCGUUCCGGAGGUGGAAUAAAACGCAGAAACCCGUUUGCCAACAUUGAAAAUACUUUCAGCCCCAAAAAGAAACUUCUCAUUUAUAACGAGGAGGAUGGCGGCGGCAGUGCAGCAGCUGUGGACGGUUACAAGAAACCGACAGAAAAGGAGGGAGAUGAAGAAAUGUCAACGAGGAAAGUAGGGCUGUCUUUCACUGCCAGGUUGACUGAGGCAGAAAAACGGGAAGAUAUUGCCAGUAAGAAGAGUUUCUCUGAAGAUGAUUCUCUAUUCGAAGAGGAGGAGGAAGAUAUUGAACCCCCACUGCUGAAGAGCCCCCAGGCCAUUGCUCCUGCAUCCAUAGCUGUUCCUGUAUGCACAGAGUUUCCAGCAGACUGGAGCCUGAAGACUCGCCUCCUCUUCACUUCCCCGCUCACCCUCUCAUGGGCAGAGCAGCCCAAAGCCCAGGAGGAAGCUCUGGGGCUCAGCCAGCACUGCAGGGCUCAGUUUAGCAGCCUGCCUCACAGCCUGCAGGAUCCCAGGUCCUGCUCGGAGCUUCGUUGUGCCUUCCAGCAGAGUCUGGUGUACUGGCAGCAUCCCUCUCUGCCCUGGCUCUCUAUGUUUCCCAGGAUCAACGCUGAGAGGAGCUUUACCGGGAAGAGCACCCCAUGGGCUCAGGAUGCAGCACUACAGCAGAGUCUCAUGAGGGAAUGGUCAGUCAGUCUGUCAUCUCUCUACAGUCUAAUUAAGUCCAGACUGUGUCCAUACUUCUACCUCUGCUCCUAUCAGUUUACAGUGUUGUUCAAGGCAGCAGGUCUCGGGGGAUCUGGCAACAUCACUGCUUUAAUUUCUCCUACAACUCGAGGUCUCAGACAAGCAAUGAAGGCUGAAGGUAUAGAGUUCAGUCUCCCUCUAGUGGAGGAGAAGAAGAAGAGCAGGGAGCACCAGGAUGAAGAGAAGGAGCCCAAGGAAAAAGAGGAGGCGUGCUGUGAUCUGAAGGACGAUGAAGACUGUCAGACACAUGAUGACGAAGAUGAAGAUGAAGAUGGCAGCUUCUCCUGGCUGAAGGAGAUGGGAGUCCAGGACAAAAUCAAGAAGCCAAAUGGCAUCACCAUACAACUUCGUAAGGAGGGUCACGCUGUGUCUCUGGACCAUAAACCAGAGUCUGUGGUGUGCGUGGAAGGAUCUCACACUUUCACCCUCAUCAACUUCCUCAUCAACUGUAAGAGCGUGGUGGCUGCAGCCGGUUCCCAGGCGGGUUUACCUCCAACACUGCUGGCUCCCGUCGCUUUCAGAGGAGCUACAAUGCACACACUGAAGGGCCGCAGUGUGAACGUGAAAAGUCAGGUUGGUUCUACCUACCAGAACAUCAGCAGUCUGGAGAUCACAGGACCUAUCCUCCCCUCCUCCCUUCACACCAUCACAACUCUUCUUCGACCUGCACAGAAAGGAAACUUCUCAGCUUCUCUGUACACGCACGCACCUACCGCUGUCAUGAACAUACAAUCCGCCAAGCAACAGGUUGCUGAUGGGUCACUGGACCUGUCUGGUUGUGGUCUUCAUCCCUCUUCCAUUCAGCAGCUGCAGCAGCCGUCCUCCCUGGGGAAGACUGCUCUGACCCACAUCAACAUGAAGAACUACAGCUACACCUGGAAGAACUAACAUUCUUCAAACUGUCUGUCCUCUCAGAGCAGGAAAACAUGUGACAGCAGCUUUUGUGUUGUUGGUCUUAACAGCUGCGCCACUCCUGAGUGUUUUAGCGAGAUUGCUCUUGUUCACAUUAGAAACCGACUGUUUAUCUUGAAAAGAAUUUAAAAUAGAUUUUAUCAACUUGCACUAUGUUUUUACAAUUUUAUUUUUACUGUUUUUUCCCCCCAGUGUGACUUUUAACAAAGUUAAGUGCCGGUUGCAUAAUUUCAGGUUGUGUCCCAAACUGCAGUACUAAUGAAAUAAACACAUUCAGUGAUUUACUGAG